CCGACAGCCACCUCGCUCCAUGCCGCCGCUCAGCUCCGACGCGCCGUCGAGGACUUACGGCCCCAAGAUGGGCUCCCCGAAGAAAACUGGGGAGGCCACCCAGCUGAGAAAGGUGAGGGCCGCAAAGGCAGUCCCCGCUCCCCAGCCUCCUUCCCCGGGGAGGGACCCCCUUCUCCUCCUCCUCUUCCUUCUCCUUUUGCUCCCGUCCCGUCGGACUGACUGGAUUCUCCUCCCGCAGAGCCUCAAGCCGCUGAUGGAGAAGCGCCGCCGGGCGCGCAUCAACGACAGCCUCAACCAGCUGAAGACCCUCAUCCUGCCUCUCAUCGGGAAAGACGUAAGUGGCGCUCAGUCCUGGCUCUCCCUGCAGUACGGGAAGAACACACACACACACACACACACACACACACACACACACAGCGCCUCUGAGCCUCUGCAGAGCGCUUUUUAUAGCCCGCCCUUCCAGUCGCGUCCCCGUUGGCACCCGUUGGCAACCCCUGCCAGUAGUAGAAAGCUUCUGUAAUAAGAGCGUUGCAGGAUCGGGCCAAAGAGGUGCCCUCUAGAACAGGGUUUCCCGAAGGUCUCCUGCUUUUUUUGGACCACAACUCCCAUCAACCCUAGCUAGCAGGUCAAGGAUGAUGAGAAUUGUAGUCCAAAAACAGCUGCAGACCCAAUUUUGGGAAACCUUGCCUAGAUGCUGUUAGACUUAGGCUGCCAUCCUUCAUGACCCAGUGGGCAUGCCAGGGAUCCUAAGGGAGGGAGCUGAAAAUAAAACUGCCAAUAUCGUCAUGAAAAUCACUGGUGCAACUGCUUUUCUGCAAUGCUGUGCCCCGUUCAGAUCACCCCUCCUCAGAAAAAGGGUAUUGUGUGUUGGAGAAGGUUUGGAAAAGGGCAACCAAAAUGAUCAACGGGAUGGAGCAAUUCCCUUAUGUGGGAAGAUUGCAGGUUUUGGGACUUCAUAGUUUAGGGAACAGGCGAGUGAGAGGCAACAGAAUAGAAAUUUAUAGCUUUCUUUUCAAAUCUGUUGUAGUGUUUAGACUUCUGUAUGUUUUAAAGCAGUUGUAAAUUUCUCUUGAUUUUGUUUUAACUUUUUGUAAACUGUUUUGAGGGUGUUUGGUUUGUUUUUACAAUAAGCAAGUAGAAAUUGUAUUACAUAGAUAUAAAAUUAUGCAUGGCAUAGAGUAAGUGGGUAGAGAUAAUAUUGUUCUUCCUCUCUUGUAACUCUCAAACUCCUGGACAUUCAAUGAAACUGAAUGCUGGAGGAUUCAGGACAGAUGAAAUCAAGUCCUUCUUCCACGCAGCAGAUAGUUAAACUAUGGAACUCAGUCCCACUAGAGGCAGUGAGGGCCUCCGACUUUAAGAGACGAUUAGACAGAUUCAUGGAGGAGGAGGAAUGCUAUCCAUAGCUGCUAGCCUGAAAUGCUAGUUUCACUGUUGGGAGUCAGUAAUGCUUCUGAAUACCAGUUGCUGGCAGUGGAAACUGCAGGAGGGGAAAGAGCUCAAAUCCUGCUAUGGCAUCAGGUUGGCCCCUGUGAGGACAGGAUGCUGGACUAGAGGGGCCUCGGGCUUGAUCCAGCAAGCACUUAUGUUCCAGCCAUUGCCCAUCCUGAGUUCAACAUCUAGAGCACUCCAUAUUCCACACUGGUGGGCUAGCCAGAGCUCUCACCUGGAUUCAGAGGCAUAUUCCCUCAAUAAGUGGAGACCACAUUUAUUUCCCUGAGUCUUUUUUCCAUGGAUUUGCCCUAUCCAUGGUUUAGUUGGGGGGCUGGAAACCUACACCCUCCAUAUGUUAUUGGACUCCCAUCAGCUCUAGCCAGCUCAGUCAGUAGUCAGGGAUGAAAUGAAUUUGGCAUCUAGCAAACUUUGGGGUAGAGGACAGGUUCCCAUUCUGGUAUUUAAGGAUUGCACAGAAAAGUACUUCUGUCUUAACCUGCAAUCUUUUCAUUCUCUCUGAGGCUCCAUCCCGCCUAAUGUCUCCUUGCUCCCUCUGCCCCUAGCCUCCAUUAGAUGGGUGCCCACUCUUUCCUGUCCACAUCCAAAAUCCUCUUCCUUGCCCUUUUCUCAUCUCUUCACUACUUGGUAUCUCUGGGUCCCUUUGCAACAUCCUCUGUGCCUUUUCUUGCUUUUGAGACUCCUAAGGCAACUCUCUCUCUCUCCCUUUCCUUUCCAGAGCUCUCGCUAUUCGAAGCUGGAGAAGGCCGACAUCUUAGAGAUGACUGUCCAGUUCCUCAAGGAGCUUCCAACCCCUUGUGCUUCCGUCUCUGGUGAGUGACGUGACAUUCACACAUGACGCGCAAAAUGGCAUCACUUGAUUUCUUACAACUGAAUUAUCCAACACAGGGGAGCUGACCGAUGAAUGUGAGAAUAGAUCCCAGGUUUUUUGUUUUUUUGUUUAAGUGUUAGAAGAGGCAAGAGAUCUAGGGGCCCAGUGCAAGAAACUGGUGCUUAGCAUGACUGGGCCAGUCCCUCACAACUCCCCUGUGUGUAAACACUUGAGCAAGGACUGAGCUUGUCUGAACCAGUAAAGGGUGGUUGGCAGAGAAGAGGGGCUAAGUGGAUCUUCCACACCAUACAAUUAAAACACUAUGAUGCCAAUUUGAACAGUCGUGGCUUCCCUUCAAGACUCCUGAGAGCUGCAGUUUCUUAAAGGCACUGAGAGUAACAAUACCCAGAGUUCCCUUUGAAGAGGGAUUGAAUGUUAGACCACUCAGAGAAUGGCAGCUAUGUGAGGAGGAACAGCAACUCUUAGCACCCUGAACAAACUACAGCUCCCAGAAUUCUUUGGGGGAAGCCAUGCCUGUUUAAAGCGGUGUUAUGUACUGAGUUGAAUAGGAUCCAGAAUGCAGCAGUUUGAUUGGUCCUAGAACAACAGGAUCCAAAAUGCAGCAGUCUGAUUGGUCCUAGAACAAUAGGAUCCAAAAUGCAGCAGUCUGAUUGGUCCUAGAACAAUAGGAGUCAGAAUGCAGCAGUCUGAUUGGUCCUAGAACAAUAGGAUUCAGAAUGCAGCAGUCUGAUUGGUCCUAGAACAAUAGGAUCCAGAAUGCAGCAGUCUGAUUGGUCCUAGAACAAUAGGAUUCAGAAUGCAGCAGUCUGAUUGGUCCUAGAACAAUAGGAUCCAAAAUGCAGCAGUCUGACUGGUCCUAGAACAAUAGGAUUCAGAAUGCAGCAGUCUGAUUGGUCCUAGAACAAUGCAGCAGUAUGAUUGGUCAGCAGGAGCCACCCAAUCCAGCUCCAGGUGGAAGUGAAUCCACAACCUGAUUGGCCUACAGGAGAAUCCCAGAAUUAGCCAAUCACAUGCAGCCCAUUGUGUAAAUAAUGUAUAUAAAGCAGAUAUUUUGGGAGAACUUUCAUUCCUCCCCACCACUAUGAGCUGAAUAAAGAGCAUGAAAUCCACUCUCGACUCCGAAUAUAUUUCAAGCGGUAUGAUAGUUCUUUAGAUAUAUGAUGCAAAUGUGCCCCAGGAGCACAGGAGAGAACUCAGCCGAAGAGGGGUUGCUGUCAUCAGCGGGAAGGAUCUCUGCCACAGAGAGCCUCUUGUCAAUCAGCGCUGACAGCACUGACCUAGAUUGACCCAGGAUCUGACUCAGUUACAACCUGUUCAUCAGACCUCAUGCGGCUACUUUAUAGGGAAGUCAGACCAUUUGGCCUCUGCUCUCUCCCCUAGCCAGAAUUUAGGAGACAUGGACAAAAUCUUUGAGAAGAGUUCCUACCUGGCUGAGACCUUAACUCUAUAUUGAUAAUACAGCACAUGGGGCUUUGUGGGUGGAAUUCAAAGAUCCUAGAGUCUCUGCUCCCAAUGAACUUAGUCUAAAACUGAUGGUGGGGGAAAUAAGAGGGGGAAAAUGAGAUAAAUGGGAUAAAUGAUGGUGUUGCAUGAUGGGAUAGAUGAGGUCCAUGCUUCAUUUGGCAAAGUGUCCUCAGUACUGUCAAAUUUCCCUAUUUACACCAAAACAAAUUGCAGGGAGAAAUUUUCUGAGCAAAGCAAUAACAUGGUUAUACCAGUUAAAUCAUCACAGUUCCCUCCCAAAAGAAUCCUGGGAAGUGUGGUACUUUAAGCAUGGAAGUCAAGGUAUUCUCUGUUCAUAAAAUGAUAGAAUCAAAGAACUGUAGAGUUGGAAGGGUCCCCUGAGGGACAUCCAGUCCAACCCCCUGUUGCUAACCUCUGAGUGGGUGCUGUAAGUUCAACAAAGAAUAAUGCGUGUUGUAUUACUUUCUGUGGCUGGCACUGGUACCCAGCUCACAGACACAGAAUUGUAGAGUUGGAAGGGACCCUGAGGGCCAUUUAUAGUCCAACCCCUUGCAAGGCAGGAAUCGCAACUAAGGAAUCCCUGACAGAUGGCAUGACAGAUUUCUCUCUUUCCCCCCCACAGGCUCCGCAGACAGUUUCUGUGAUGGCUACCACACCUGCCUGUCCCGCCUUGCCACCCUCCUUCCCAAAUACAACUUCCUGAACCGUGAGGCCUGCAGCACCCUCCUUGGGCAUCUCCAGCAAGCCUUUGCGCAGCAGGGCUGGCUUCGGGACUGUUCCAGCCCAGCAGACUUGUCCAAAGAGCCAGGCUUGGAGAGGCCCCUGUGCCCACCCAGAAGGGCCCAGGAAGCCCCUUCACCACAAACAGCACUCUGGAGACCUUGGUAG